AAUCACAUCUAUCCAUCUUAUCCACCCAUGGGAUGAUUCCUUAAACUCUGUCGCCAUAACGCCAUCGCCGGCACUCUUUCUCUCGAAAUUACCAAAAUACCAUUCACGUUAUGCAUAACCAACACACACUCUUACUCAGAUUUCCAACAUUGUCUUCUCAUUCUCUCGUUAAUCUUCAUCACACAAAGACAAAACUCGUUAACAACAAGAAAAACAGCACCAGAAGGAAACACACUCCCAGAAGAAGCAAUUACGUUGUUCCCAAGACAAUGGCUUGCACUUCUCGCGGUGGCAGUUAUGACGACGACAACAACAACAACGGUGCCUCUUUCCGCAACUUGAAGCUGAACGACUCCACCUUUUUGGCUUCACUCAUGCCCAAGGCAGAGAUUGGUGUCGACCGUUUCCUCCAUUCUCACCCACACUAUGAUGGUCGCGGUGCUCUCAUCGCUAUCUUUGAUUCUGGUGUAGACCCAGCUGCUGCUGGAUUACAAGUUACCUCAGAUGGGAAACCGAAAAUUCUUGAUAUCCUUGAUUGCACUGGCAGUGGAGAUAUUGAUACCUCAAAGGUGGUGAAGGUUGAUGAUGAUGGUUGUAUUUCUGGGGCAUCAGGGGCAACUUUGGUUAUCAACACUUCAUGGAAAAAUCCUUCUGGAAAAUGGCAUGUAGGUUAUAAACUGGUUUAUGAGCUAUUUACAGAAAAAUUGACUUCUCGUUUGAAGAAAGAAAGAAAGAAAAAGUGGGAUGAGAAAAACCAGGAGGAGAUUACUGUGGCUGUAAAACAACUUACUGAUUUUGAUAAGAAACACAUCAAGGUGGAGGGUGCUAAACUUAAAAAGGUUCGUGAAGAUCUCCAUAAUAGGCUUGAUCUUCUGAGGAAGCAAUCUGAGAGUUACGAUGAUAAAGGGCCUGCCAUAGAUGCUGUUGUCUGGUAUGAUGGAGAGGUCUGGAGGGUUGCUCUUGACACACAGAGUCUCGAGGAUGAUCCAGAUUGUGGGAAGCUUGCUAACUUUGUGCCCUUAACUAAUUAUAGGACUGAGGGGAAGUAUGGUGUCUUCAGCAAAUUAGAUGCUUGUACAUAUGUUGUGAAUGUUUAUAAUGAUGGGAAUGUCUUAAGUAUGGUAACAGAUAGCUCCCCUCAUGGCACCCAUGUUGCUGCUAUAGCAACUGCAUUCCACCCAGAGGAACCCUUGUUGAAUGGAGUUGCACCUGGAGCACAAGUAAUAUCUUGUAAAAUUGGGGACUCUCGCUUAGGUUCAAUGGAAACAGGAGCUGGUUUGACUAGGGCACUGAUAGCUGCUGUGGAGCAUAAAUGCGAUCUUAUCAACAUGAGUUAUGGUGAGCCAACAUCGCUGCCAGACUAUGGACGGUUUGUGGACCUUGUGAAUGAAGCAGUAAGCAAGCAUCAUUUGAUAUUUGUGAGCAGUGCUGGUAAUAAUGGGCCAGCAUUGAGCACUGUUGGUGCACCUGGUGGUACAUCUUCAAAUAUUAUAGGAGUUGGCGCUUAUGUUUCUCCUGCCAUGGCAGCUGGCGCUCAUUGUGUUGUUGAACCUCCUUCUGAGGGGCUUGAAUACACUUGGUCUAGCCGAGGACCAACAGCUGAUGGAGAUCUUGGUGUCUGUGUAAGUGCUCCUGGUGGUGCUGUUGCUCCUGUUCCCACAUGGACUCUUCAACGGAGAAUGCUCAUGAAUGGGACAUCAAUGGCAUCUCCCUCAGCUUGUGGGGGAAUUGCAUUGCUCAUAAGUGCAAUGAAGGCUGAGGGAAUUACUGUGAGUCCAUAUAGUGUGAGGAAGGCCCUUGAGAAUACAUGUAUACCCAUAGGUGAUUCACCUGAGGAUAAAUUAUCCUCUGGGCAAGGGCUUAUGCAAGUUGACAAGAGUUAUGACUAUAUACAACAGUCUCAAAAUGUUCCAAAUGUUUGGUAUCAAAUAUGCAUCAGGCAAUCUGGAAAAGCAAAUCCUUCUUCACGAGGUAUCUACUUGAGGGAGGCUAACGCUUGCCAACAGCCUACUGAGUGGACAGUGCAAGUUGAUCCAAAAUUUCAUGAAGAUGCCAGCAAGCUUGAAGAAUUGGCUGUGUUUGAGGAGUGUAUUGCGUUACACUCUUCAGAUAAGACAGUUGUGAAAGCCCCAGAGUAUCUAUUGCUCACUCAUAAUGGCCGCACCUUCAACAUAUUUGUGGAUCCUACCAAUUUAUGUGAUGGUCUGCAUUAUUAUGAGGUCUGUGGAACUGAUUGCAAAGCACCAUGGCGUGGUCCUGUUUUCAGAAUUCCAAUUACUAUAAUCAAGUCCGUGGCUGUAACAAACAGACCACCUCAAGCUUCAUUUUCAAAAAUGUUAUUUCAUCCAGGCCAUAUAGAGAGAAAAUAUAUAGAAGUACCACGUGGUGCAUCUUGGGUUGAAGCAACCAUGAAUGCAUCAAGUUUUGAUACAGCUCGAAGAUUUUUUGUGGACACAAUUCAGAUAUGCCCACUGCAAAGACCUUUUAAAUGCAGGAAUGUGAUAACUUUUUCUUCGCCUGCUGCCAAAAGCUUCACCUUUAGAGUAGUAGGUGGUCAGACAUUGGAACUAGUCAUAGCUCAAUUUUGGUCUAGUGGCAUUGGGAGUAUUGAGACCACCAGCGUGGAUCUUGAGGUUGUAUUUCAUGGUAUAACAGUCAAUCAAGAGGAAAUUGUACUUGAUGGGAGUGAAGCACCAGUCAGAAUUGAUGCUGAAGCAUUACUGGCAUCUGAAAAACUUGCACCUGUAGCAAUUCUAAAUAAGAUAAGGAUCCCAUAUCGACCAAUAGAUGCUAAGAUUAGUGCACUUUCAAGUGAUCGCGAUAAACUCCCCUCUGGAAAGCAGAUACUAUUGCUGACAUUAACAUACAAGGUCAAAUUAGAAGAUGGAGCUGAAAUAAAACCUCAAAUACCAUUUCUAAAUGAUCGGAUGUAUGAUACUAAAUUUGAGUCUCAAUUUUAUAUGAUUUCUGAUUCAAAUAAGCAAGUAUAUUCAAGUGGAGAUGUCUAUCCAAAGUUUACAAAACUUCCCAAGGGAGAAUACAAUUUACAGCUACAUUUGAGGCAUGACAACUUGCCAAUUCUGGAAAAGAUGAAGCAGCUGGUGUUAUUCAUUGAGCGAAAUUUAGAAGAGAAGGAGAUCAUUCGGUUAUGCUUUUUCUCUGAACCAGAUGGUCCACUGAUGGGAAAUGGUUCCUUCAAGUCCUCAACAUUAGUUCCAGGUAUAAAAGAAGGAUUUUAUCUUGGUCCACCACCGAAAGACAAGAUUCCUAAGAACUCUCUACAAGGAUCUGUAUUGGUGGGAUCAAUAUCAUAUGGGAAACUAUCUUUUGCUGGUCAAGGGGAGCAUAAAAAUCCAGAAAAACAUCCUGUAUCUUAUCGAAUUUCUUAUAUAGUUCCCCCACACAAGAUUGAUGAGGACAAGGGGAAAAAUUCUUCCUUAUCUUCCAAGAAGACAGUUUCUGAACGCUUAGAACAAGAGGUACGAGAUGCAAAAAUAAAAGUGCUUGGAAGCCUAAAACAAGAAAACGAUGAAGAGUGCUUGGAAUGGAAGAAGUUGUCUGCCUCGCUUAAAUCUGAAUAUCCAAAACACACUCCGUUGCUUGCAAAGAUUUUGGAAUGUUUAGUUUCUAGGAGCAAUAUCAAAGAUAAAUUCCAUCAUGCUGAAGAGGUAAUUGAUGCUGCAAAUGAGGUGAUUGACAGUAUUGAUAGAGAAGAGUUAGCAAAAUUUUUUGCACUAAAAAAUGAUCCAGAAGAUGAGGAAGCUGAGAAAAACAAGAAAAAGAUGGAAUCAACCCGUGAUCAGUUGGCAGAGGCACUAUACCAAAAGGGGCUUGCACUGGCAGAAAUUGAGUUUUUAAAGGAGGUAGAUAAGUCCUUGGCUUCUGCUGAAACAAAAGGUGCAACACAAGAUAUGGAGAAAAAUGAUGAUCAAUCUGAUGGCAUUUAUCCAGACUUGUUCGAAGAGAACUUCAAUGAACUAAAGAAAUGGGUUGAUGUUAAGUGCACAAAAUAUGGAACCCUCUUGGUGACAAAUGAGAGGCGUAGUCAAAGGCUUGGGACAGCAUUGAAGGUACUGACUGAGAUCAUUCAAGAUGAUUCCGAGCCUGCCAAGAAGAAACUAUAUGAACUAAAGCUCUCUUUGCUUGAGGAAAUUGGAUGGACUCAUUUGGCAACAUAUGAGAGACAAUGGAUGCUUGUGCGUUUUCCCCCGAACUUGCCCCUUUUCUAGGGCUCCCCAUUAUGAAGCUAUUCGACAGCAAUGCAAGGAUCCUCUCAAGGGAAAUUUACCAUGAGAGUGAUGAUUUUUAAACAUCACUUUAUACUAUUUUUAUUAAUAAAUUAAAUAUUCAUGAUGGCUCUCUGCAUUGAAAAUGUCACUGUAGAGGAUUUAUGACAACAAUUCAUGCAACAAUAAAUUGAACCUUUUUUACUUCAACAAGCUACCUUUAUCCCCU